UCCACAGUGUUGUCGAUGGAGACCUUGAUGUGGGACAUGAAGCACUUCAUGAUCACCAAUGCUAAGGCUAUAGAAGAACGGUUUAAAAAGAGCGCAUACAUGGGUCCACUGUUUGUCAGAACGCUGUCUGGAGGCGGAGUGAUCUGUUGGUCAGUACAGCGGUCCACUGUUUGUCAGAACGCUGUCUGGAGGCGGAGUGAUCCGUUGGGCAGUACAGCGGUCCUGACGGCGAAUCCAUCCCGGAGUCUUCGGCCAUCAGGGACCACGGAAGAAGCUGAUUUCUGUUUUCAAACGAUGGAGAACACCGGGGACAAUGAAGUGUAUUCUACAGGCACUGUCAACAAUGACAAAUAUUCUCCUGAAAGUGAAGCAGAAGCAGAAGAGGAACCAUCACCACUCACUCGGUCUCGACUGUAUUUGUUGGGUUUGGGGAUCUUUGGUGCCUUGGUAGCUGGAACAGUCAUCUACAUGAGUGUAAAGAUGGCCGUCCAAAGGGAAAACAUCAAUGACCUUACAACAGAAAGAAAGAUACUGAUUAAGGAAAGAAAGAUGAUGCAGAACCAAGAGCUGGGCCAAGACAAUGACAAAGGGUGUUACAUGUGUCUGGAUGACUGGAUUCUCUACAAGGACAAAUGGUACCUGUUUUACGACAAACCAGCUCCUUGGAUGACCUGGGAACAAAGUCGAAGGUUCUGUCAGGAUAGAGGAGCAGAUUUGGUUGUAAUUGAUGAUCUGCAGGAGCAGGAAUUUGUCAGUAAACACAUCAAGUACUACCAUAGUAAACACAAUGGAUACUGGAUAGGACUACAACAGGUUAACAACACCUGGACCUGGGUUGAUGGACGUGUAGACACUCUUGGGUUCUGGGUGAAGAAUUCGAUCUCUACUCCUGGACUGUAUGUAAUCGUGAUUCCAGAACGAAAUCCCAAAGAAUGCUGGUCAAAGGAAGAGAAUGUGUUUGAGAACAAAUUCAUUUGUGAGCGUGAUGUUCGCAAAUUUUAAUGCAACUGACUGUUCUCUUAAAGUUUCAUGCAGGAGUGCUCAGCUGUGUCACAAAUGUGUAUAUACAGUGCAUUUCAUCAUGACUUUAAUAAUC